AUGCCUGCCGACCGAGCUCAACCCGAGGAAGUCGGGAGUCAUGCUCCGGCUUCAGAACGAAGAGAAGUUGAAGCUACUAUGCAGCAAGCUCAAGCUCCUCCUCUUCCUCCUCCACCGGUUCUCGAGAUUUCACAUGUUACAGGUACUGAAUCUAUCAGAAAAGGGAAAGCUCCGGUUGAUAAAAUAAGAAAAUAUGGGGCAGAAGAAUUCAAAGCUGCAGUUGAUGAUGAUCCCGAAUGGGCUGAGUUUUGGUUAGAAAAUACUACUCGUGUUUUGGAGGAAUUAUCUUGCACACCAGAAGAGUGUUUGAAAUGUGCAGUAUCAUUGCUAAAAGAUACAGCUUACCAUUGGUGGAAUACUAAAGCUUCAGUUGUUUCGAAAGAAGAAAUUACAUGGGAAUUCUUUCAGACCGAGUUCAAGAAGAAAUAUAUUAGUCAGAGGUUCCUCGAUCGGAAGAGAAAAGAAUUUUUUGAGCUGAAACAGGGUAAAAAAUCAGUAUCUGAGUAUGAAAGAGAAUUUUUUCGAUUGAGUAAAUAUGCUCGGGAAUGGAUACAAUCAGAAGCCGAAAUGUGCAAACGAUUCGAAGAAGGGUUGAAUGAAGAAAUUAAGCUAUUGAUCAGAAUUCUUGAAAUUCGAGAGUUUGCUACAUUGGCAGAGAGAGCUUAUAAAGAUCGCUCUACCUCAGCUACUGGGUAUUCGGGUAGAGAGCGAGGUUUUCAACGCACUAAUCCAAGACCUUCCACUCCAUCAGUGACCAGUGUUGGCAGUGUUGGUACCCCUAAGCCGAGAUGCCAGUACUGUAAUAAAAAUCAUUUUGGUGAAUGCCGAUUAAAGAACGGGGCUUGUUACCGACGUGGUUCUUUAGAUCAUUUCCUCAGAGAUUGUCCAGAAAGGGGUGAAAAAGAAGCUGAACAGACAUCGAAGCCAAGUAAUCUAGUUUCGAGGGGUAGACCACCUCGACCAUCUAGUAAUGUCAGUGGUAGCCGAGGAGCUACGAAAGAUACUGCAGACACUAAGGUAUCUGAGUCAAAGAUACAAGCAGUGCCAGUUGUAUGUGAAUUUUCUGAUGUGUUUCCAAAGGAAUUACCGGGGUUGCCACCAGAAAGAGAAGUGGAAUUUUCUAUAGAUCUGAUUUCGGAAACUACUCCAAUCGCCAUAGCUCCGUAUCGUAUGGAUCCUACGGAAUUAAAAGAGUUAAAGACACAGUUGCAAGAACUUGUUGACAGGGGCUUUGUUUGA